AUGUCGCAGCCCGAACCUCCGAAAGAUAAGAAGGAUAAGAAGCGCGCACCAUUAUCAAUCAUUACGAUUCCCAAAGACAAACAAGGCCAAUAUGUUAAAAAGUUCUGGGGUAUUGCUGAACAAGUUUUUGUAGGAACUGAAGUUACAACAUUAAAGUCAACAGGCAGUAAAGAGACUCAAGUCUUAUUCAUUACGACUGCUGCAGUCUAUGUAUUCAAAAAUAAGUUCUCUGGCGUUGAAGUUUCCAGAAAUUUUACAGUUUAUGAUCUUCAUAAAGUCGCAUAUAUUGAACCAGAUACUCUUAUUAUAUCAUAUGGUCAAAAAGAAGUUGUAUUUCGUAAUGAAAAAGCUUUAAAUAUUGCAACAAUUUUACUUAUGCAACACGCAUGCAAUUAUUAUCAAGUUCCAAACGCCAGUGCACUUAAAGUCGAAUCUACACCAGCUAAUGCACUUGUUUAUCAAAAAUGUCCAGUCAGACCAGUAAAAGCUCUUCAAACUCGCUUGAUUACUAUUUCGCACUUCUACAAAACACCAUUCCCGCAAUCUCACAUUGCUCAGUACGAAGAAUGGGAUAAAUUCCACCCAGGAACUCUUUGUAUUGAUAAUAAUUUCUAUUCUGGAAACGCUGCUGAAGCUAUUGCUCACGCCAUUGCAUGGGACACAGAUAUUAAAACUCUUGUUUUGAAAGGAUACGCAGAAGAAAAGGUUGGAAAGGUUAUUGAAAAGAUUUUCGCGGAAUCUUUCUCAAUAUCGAACCUUUGCAUUGAAAAUUAUACUAAUCCAACAGAGCAGAGUAUGUCCUUAGUUGCUAGAGAAGAAACACAGAUCUCCGCAGUCAUAUUUAGCAAUUGUCACCCAACAGUUGUUGUUAGGUUCUUCAGAGGCCUCACAAAAUUCAAUGGACGUGUCAAAGCCCUUUCUUUGACCAAUUGCAUGCUUGCAAUUUCAGAUUGGUCCGAAAUUUUAAUUGCAAUUCAGAAAUUCCCAUGUUUUAUGAAACUCCAAACCUUUGUUGUUGAUUCUCCAAAGCUUGACCAGUUCCCUGUUCGUCUUCUUUGCCAAACAAUCACUAAAAACAGAUCACUUACUAAUAUUCAGUUCUCAAGAGCACAAGAUGACCUUUCAGACCUUGUUAAUACACUCUUUACAGAUGCUCUUACAUUCUUGCACCUGUUUAUGGACCGUGGCAAGCUUAUUAAGCCACUUAAAGUCCAAGUCGCUCCAAAUUUAACUUAUGUCAACUUUUCAAAUAACCAGAUUUCGCCAGAAUUCUUCAAAUCAUUCAUGCUUUCCUUGAGUGCUCGUAAAAAUGCUUGUCCGAUCAUGUUAGAACUAUCUAAUUUGGUAAAUACAGACUUAGAGCUUUUAUUUUCAGCUCUUUCUGAUGUACAAACUGCUCCAAUCAUUAAUGACCUUACGAUAGAUGGAAAUAUCCUUACUCCUAAAGCUGUUCCUCAUUUUAUGAAGUUCCUUUCCACUCAGAAACCGAUUUUGCAGUACCUUUCCAUGGCCGGAUCCCUCACUGAAGUCAUCGGAGUUGUUCUCCCCGCAAUCGCUCAGAUGAUGAGAGAAGGUGUCCUCACGGGAAUUGACAUCACCGCAAACAAAGAAGUGAAAAGCGGAACUGAUUAUUUACUUUUCCUCAAUAACGUCGCAUUGUUACCUACUGUGAGAUCAAUAAUUAUUAACAAUGCACAGAUAGGUGACCAAGGAAUACAAAUUCUCAUAAAUAUGGCGAAGAAUAAUCCGAAAUUAGAAGAAAUUGGAUGCGAUAAUAUAGGAAUAUCUAAUGUUGACAAGUUCGCUAAGUUCUAUAAUGAUCUAGGACAAAUAGAAACACUCAGAUACCUCGCAUUUCCAAGAAAAGAACAAAAUAGAUUAAAUAUUAAUAAAGACAACUUGACGCCCACUGUCAAAGAGGCUUUGCUUGCAAUCAAGAAGAAGAAAAACACACAGUCAAGCCAGGCAAGACUUCAAAUGUAUGAAAGAAUUGAAUAUGAUGAUAACUCGAGUAUGCAGGAACAAGGAGAGAUAAGACGUGCAAAGUCUAAUCCUUUGGAUGAUCUAGAUGCUGUUAUUUCUGAUAUGGUAAAGUCAAUCUGUGAGGUACAAUCAACUGAAUUGUCACCUCAAGAAACAGCUAGACUGAUCAUGGAUAAUAUAACAACAUCUGCAAGGACAUUUUCACAAGAACCAACAGGUUCUCAUAAGAAAGUUGGUGCAAUUUUCCGUUGA